UUAUAACAAUGUCGUCGUGGAGGGAGUCGGAUGUGUUGGAGUCGAUCCGUCAACAUCUUCUGGAAGAAAACAACAGCGGGGGUGGGGAUGGUGAUGGGGAUGGCCGGGAAUCAAGUUCUGCAAUUAGUAUUCACCAUCAUCAUAAGGCGGCGGCGGUGGCGGCGGCGGCGGAGAAUGGAGUGCAACUAAUGCAAUUCAAGGGAGUGAGGCGGAGGCCAUGGGGGAAAUACGCGGGGGAGAUCAGAGAUCCAAAGAGAAACGGAGCCAGAACGUGGCUGGGGACGUUUGACACGGCCCAAGAUGCAGCUUUGGCCUACGAUCGAGCAGCUUUCAGAAUCCGAGGAGCUAAGGCAAAGCUCAACUUUCCGCAUCUCAUUGAUUCUGAUUCUAUUUGGUCUACUUCUACUUCUACUAAGCGUCCUCGUAGUCCUACCCAUGCCCAACAUCAAACUUCUGCUUCAAAACGCCGCUGACAAUAAUCGAGCCGCGAUCCUUGUCAUCAUUUUAUAGUCAUGUUAAUUAAGAUUCAACUUUGAUAUUCAGUGUCCUUCGACAAGAGAAUAAUCAUCAUCCCAUUCCCUCUCCUCUCUAACAUUUUCAUCUAAACUACUGUUGUCUCGGCUGAAUAUAUUGUGGCACAUUUCCGUUUCGACUCAUCGAAUCCAAUUUUCUACAAACAGACAAAGAAGGAUUAGAGUUAUUACCACUGAUUCUGUUCCAUUAAUGCGGAUUUGGACUUCAAGCUUUUCUCUUCGCUCUUAUCUCUAACAUGGAUUACUUGAGAGGACUAUUAAUUCAAAUUUGAACUAUGCUCCUGUUGGCUUUAUAUUCUAUUAAAAUA